AUGCAGCCUUGCAUUUGCUUUCCAGAAAAGGUUGAUGGAGCCAGAUACAUUCAAUGGAUAGGAACUUAUUUUGGCGACUGCAUAUACGGGCUUACUGAUCAGAUAUCAUUUUAUGCAGGCUUGGCUGGAAUUGCUGCAUAUGCCGUCUCCAUGUUCCCACAACUUUACAAAAACUACCAGCGAAAAGCCGUCGAUGGAUUAUCAGCGGGACUUGUCUUGUUAUGGUUGUUUGGUGACAUCAGCAACUUGAUAGGCACAAUUCUACUUGAUCAGUUUCCGACACAACAGCUUACUGCGUCUUAUUUUAUUGCGACGGAUAUAGCCAUGGUCACCCAAUACGUGUAUUAUAAAUAUGUCUACAAGCAAUCACAUCAAGAUGAUAUCAAGUACGAGCCCAUUCCCACAGGCGAAGGAAUGCCCAUUGAGGAUUCUACAGCAACUGUCGACGUGCAAUCAGACUUGGACGAUAACCAUCCCCAUUCCAAAUUGAAAUCCAAUAGCACUGGAUUGGCACUCUCCGCUGCAGGAAGUGUUGCUGCCUUGGUGGCAGCACUUGCUCAGGGUGCUGAUGCUCGGAACAUUAAACUCAUAGAUGUAUUUGUGGAUCUGGCUUCAGUAUGCAAUGUCCGAGCAGGAACAUCCGGUUGGAAACUGCUUUUUGGCUGCAUUAUGGCAUGGGUAUCUGGAUUACUAUAUUUCACUAGUCGAAUCCCUCAAGUUAUCGAAAACUAUAAACGCAAGUCGGUCCAGGGUGUGAGCAUGUUUCUGUUCAUCCUUACGAUUUUUGGCAAUCUGGGGUAUGGUCUAUCCAUUAUCCUUCGGUUUCCAGUUGUUGAUGCAUACUUUUGGGCAGCCACAUUUCCUUACAUUCUUGGUGCACUAGGCGUGCUUGUAUUUGACGUUGUUAUAUUCUCGCAAGCGAUACAGUAUGAUGGACUCUAAGGAUUUACAAAAUGAAGUAAUCUAUUUUAUUUG